AUGCGGCGUACUUUAAAUGAGAAUGCAAACAUUAACCAACUGCAGAAAAGGCCGCAAACAGCAGAAGAAAUCUUUCGCUCUAGGAUGGAGCAGAUAAGGAAGAUAAAUACUACUUCUUUUGACGAGUAUAGUGAUCCUGAAAUUGAAGAGGAAGAUGAUUCCGAUGAUUUAUAUCAAAACAUGUUUGAUUUGGAUAAGCAAAAUAUCAACAACCAAACAAAACUUGCAAAAUAUGCAGAUCAAAUUUUCAGCAUUGCAAGAAGCGACGAUUCCGGAAAUUUUAUAAAUUCCGAGAGUAUUCUCUCCCACUACACAAAACCUAUUGAUGAUUUAAGAAAAAGUGUAAUCACUUGGAUAGUCUACAUAUUUCAAGAGUAUCGCAUGUGUUCAAACACGCUUUAUCAAGCUGUUACAUAUUUUGAUGCCCUUUUGUCCGUUCAAAAAGUUCCGAGGAAGGAAUUUCAUUUAGCCGGUAUUACCGCACUAUGGAUGAGCUCCAAAAUGGAAGAGAGAAGUGUUCCAAAGUUAAAAGACUUGGCAUCUUAUUUUACUGAAGGUGUUACUGUUGAUAGAUUCAUAGAAUAUGAAAAGAAGAUUUUAGUUGCUCUAGAUUUUCAACUCACAUAUCCACAUACCAAGUUAUUUUUGCGAAGAUAUAUAGAUGUUAUUGAUGCAGAACAAGUUAUAAUAGAAGCUGCAAACUUUUUCGCAGAAGUAUCUUUAUGGUAUAUAGAAUUCCUCGAUUUUCACCCAGAAAUAAUUGCUUUGGCAGCAAUUUGUCUGGGUAAAAUAUGUUUGGGUGAGUAUUGUCCUCUCGCACGUUUACUAUCCUAUUCUCAUAAUCAGGAUAAAGUUCAGAUUAGAAAUUGCGCUGAAAGGCUUGUGAAAUAUGCUUGUUUGAUCCUAAAAGAUCCAAAGCAUAUGCUUACACAACGCUAUAGUUUCCCAGAGCUUGAGGGCGCAAUCAAAUUAUUCAAGUUCACUGAUGGCAUGUUGAAUUGUUUAGUAUAA